GCCAGUCGGUCUCCAGCUCUCCAUCGCGGUCUGCGCUCCUCUCCUCCGCCGGUCUCCGCGUCUCCUCUUCCCGCCUCCUGAAGAAUGAUUACCGCGGGAGGAACUUUCCGGCGCGCGUGAACAGGGAGGAAAAUACAGCAGGAUCAUACAGGAGCCAUCGGAAAGUUUGAGCCGAGACAACAUUUCCAGACUGAUGGAGGUGGAUGUAGCAGAUGAGAAGCGCCACUGCACUCGCUCGAAAGUUCCCCUGGAGCCAGCCAUUCAAGAGCUGUUCAGUGUGUAUGGCUGUCCUGUGGCCAAGAAGAGGAAACCCCUGGAGACUCACGCCCUGGAGCCCGCGGCCAAAAGGAAGGUCUUCCUCACAGUGGUGGACCAGAAAUGCUACACGACGCACAAAAUAGAGGAGAUGCACGAAGAUGAGGACGAGGAAGAGGAGUAUACAGACAAUGAAGAGCAGUAUGAACAGGAGGAGGUGGAAGUGAUUAAUGGAGAAGAGGAAGAGGUGGAGCAGGAGGAAGAGGAAGUGCUGGAGGAGGAAGAGGAAGUGGUGGAGGACGAGGAAGAGGAAGGAACAGUGGAAAGAGAUGGGGAGUAUGAGGAAGAAGAGGACGAGGUAGAGGAGGAGGACGAAGAGGAGGAGGAGGAGCAGAUUCAUGAAAUAGAAAGUGACCAUAUGAACUGCAGCCCCAGUAGACAAAGCCCGUCCAUGGAGAAGGACAACAACAACAAUGAUGAAUAUGACAACUAUGACGAACUGGUGGCCAAAUCUCUGCUUAACCUGGGCAAGAUUGCAGAAGAUGCUGCUUACCUGGCCAUGACCGAGUCUGAGAUGAACAGCAACUCUUCGAACAGCGCAGAGGAGGACGAGGAGGAGGAUGAGGAGGACGACGAAGAUGAAGAGGACGAAGAGGAUGAGGAGGGCUCAAAGAAAGGGGAGCUGAGUCUGGACGUGAACAGUGAUGUGGUGCGGGAGACUGUGGACUCUCUAAAGCUCCUGGCGCAGGGUCACGGAGUCUCGCUCUCAGAAAACCUCCACGAGAAUCACUAUCAGGAGGACGGGAGUGAGAAUACAGACUGUGGCAACACUAACGGAAAUGGGUCCACGGGUAAUGGACUUAGUGGACACUGUGGUAAACCCUCUGCUAAUGGUCAGACGGUGGAGAAGAGUGACGAGGAGGUCUGUCUCAGCAGUUUGGAGUGUCUUCGCAACCAGUGCUUUGACUUGGCACGCAAGCUAAGCGAGACCAAGCCAAUCGAGCAUCUCAACAAUAACCAGCAGCAGGCUCUUCAUAUUUAUCAAGAGACCCAGCAGCAGCAGCAGCAUCAUCAGCAUCAGAGUCCUGACGAGUGUCGUGUCCUGGAGAGGAAUUACUCCGACAUGGUGAACCUGAUGAAGCUGGAAGAGCAGCUCAGCCCGCGAUCCAAGACUUUCUCCAGCUGCGCCGCAGACCACAAGGGCUUCCAGGACUGCGAUGAAGACACCACUUCCGUCACCUCGGACCGCUCUGAGGAUGUUUUCGACAUGACCAAAGGCAACCUGUCACUACUGGAGAAGGCCAUAGCACUGGAAACAGAGCGGACCAAAGCUUUGAGGGAAAAGAUGGCGUCUGAAGCAGUCAGGAGAGACAGACUGCAUUUGCAUGAAGAUGCUUUGAGGCACAGAUAUGCAGAGGAGCGGAAGGUGCGUCUGCACCACGACGGCCUAAAGAAGCCCUACUACCUUAAAGAUUCGUCGCGGUCGGGGAAGAAGGAGAGCCGGUGUCCGACGCCAGGCUGUGACGGCACAGGUCAUGUGACGGGUCUGUACCCCCACCACCGCAGCCUGUCAGGAUGUCCUCAUAAAGACAGAGUCCCGCCGGAAAUUCUUGCAAUGUAUGAAAAUGUUCUUAAGUGCCCUACGCCUGGCUGCACGGGCCGGGGUCACGUCAACAGCAACAGGAACUCUCACAGGAGUCUGUCCGGCUGCCCGAUAGCGGCGGCAGAGAAACUGGCCAAAGCCCACGAGAAGCACCAGUCAUGUGAUGGAGGCAAAUCCAGCCAGGCUUCAGACCGUGUGCUCAGACCAAUGUGCUUUGUGAAGCAGCUGGAGAUUCCACAAUACGGCUAUAAAAACAACGUUCCCACUUCAACCCCACGAUCCAACCUGGCCAAAGAGCUAGAGAAAUACUCCAAAACCAGCUUCGACUACAAUAACUACGACAGCUCGGGUGUCUACAGCAAACGGCACGGCGCUGCCCUCAAACUCCACAGCCGAGACAAACUGGACAUAAAUGAAGAUGUGAAGCGCUACUGCAAGAGUUCGAGUUCAGCGAGCAGCACCACCAGCAGCUACGGGCCGAGCAGCAGCAGUCUGAGCUGCGCAGGAGGAGCACGAGGAGCCGAGAGCAGCGCCAGCAGCACCUGCAGCAAGAGCAGCUUCGACUUCACCCACGACAUGGAGGCGGCGCAUAUGGCAGCCACAGCCAUCCUCAACCUCUCCACCCGCUGCAGGGAGAUGCCCCAGAGCCUGAGCGGGAAACCCCUGGACAUCUGCUCGCAGUCUGAUGAUCUGGAUCCCUUCCAGGACAUUUUAGAGGACAGCGUCUACACUGAUGUCGGCAUUCCCAGUCCCAAACCAAAAUUCCCACCUUGCAAAGAAAGCAAAAAGGACCUGAUAACCCUUUCAGGGUGUCCUUUAGCAGAUAAAAGCAUUCGGAGCAUGAUGGCCAGCAACUCACAAGAACUCAAGUGCUCGACCCCGGGCUGCGACGGCUCGGGUCACAUCACUGGAAACUACGCUUCACACAGAAGUUUGUCUGGAUGUCCACGUGCCCGGAAAACUGGAAUUAAGAUCACCCACAGUAAAGAGGACAAGGAGGACCAGGAGCCAAUCAGGUGUCCUGUUCCCGGUUGUGACGGUCAGGGUCACAUCACGGGUAAAUACGCAUCUCACCGCAGCGCAUCCGGCUGCCCUCUAGCAGCCAAACGGCAGAAGGAUGGCUUCAUCAGCGGUGCUCAGUUCAGCUGGAAGAGCGGGAAGAGCGACGGCAUGUCCUGUCCCACACCGGGAUGCGAUGGAUCGGGACACGUCAGCGGCAGCUUCCUCACGCACAGAAGUCUCUCCGGUUGCCCUCGAGCCACAGCAGCGAUGAAGAAAGCUAGACUAUCAGGAGUGGAGAUGCUCACAAUCAAGCAGCAAACAAGCAACGGUUUAGACUGUGAUGCAGAUAUUAAACAGCUGGAUGAAGAUAUUAAGGAUUUAAAUGAAUCAAAUUCACAGGUGGAGGCAGAUAUGAUCAAACUCAGAACACAGAUCACCACAAUGGAGUCUAAUCUGAAGUCCUUAGAGGAAGAAAACAAGAAAUCAUUUCACAAAGAGCCUGCAGUCAGACAUAACAGCUGUUUACAGCUGCACCAGAGAGAGCCAAUGAGCGAACAGAACUUUGACGCAUAUGUAACAACACUGACGGACAUGUACACGAAUCAAGACCAGUAUCAGAGCUCCGAGAACAAGGCCCUGCUAGAAAACAUUAAACAAGCUGUGCAAGGCAUUCAAGUCUAGCUUCUGGGAAUGAAUGCUUUCCUAUAGCAUAAGGAGCUGAAGACACUUCCAGAAAAAAAAGAAAAUCAUAUGGGAUGCAUCACGCUUUCCUGUUGUACUUUAUCAAACAGUGCUGAAGUCAUGUUCUUUAAAAACAAUGCUGUUAUGCUGACUGAACAGGAUUUUUAUUUUUUCGAUUAUGAUUAGUUUUUUUGGCCUUGCUUUAUAAAAUAAU